AGUUGAUCGACAAGGCCCAACAGCUUCAACUCACCAUCUCCUUCCCUUCCCAAGUUCCCAUCCAGCUUCCUGUUAAUGGCGAUUCCUUUUUCACUAUAACAGUAAAAACCCAGAUGAAAAAAUUUAAUAGCAACACAUCUUGUACUGCAAUUCACUAACUUCCAAACUCCCACAGCAGCCAAACACCACGCCGCUCUCCCCGCGCACCCACGCCUCUUCUCUUCUUCGAACGUUACCCACUAAUGACUUCUUCCCCGUAGAUUCACGGGAAAACCCAACAAUCCGGCUCCAGUUCUUAAUGCGGUUCUCUCGCACUGUCAAUUGAAUCCCGCCGCUGCACUCCUUUCAGUUUCAAUUGCGUUUGGGAAUUGGAUUAUGUGAUAAUAGUUCAAGAGAGCCGGGUGAGAGACAUUUGUCCAGUUUCUUUUGGUAGAUCGGGAGCCAUGGAGAAUCGCAGUGAUGCUGACCCAAGUUCUUUUCUCAGUUUGUUUGCGGCGAUUUCAUAUGGGAUUGCUUCAAUGGCGAUGGUGUUUAUCAACAAGGCCAUUGUUAUGCAGUAUUCUCACUCUAUGACACUUCUCACUCUCCAACAAGUGGCUACAGCUUUGCUUAUACAUGUUGGGCGGAAAACGGGAUACACGAGAUCGAAGGGACUCGAUCUCCAAACAGCUAAGAGACUUCUCCCUGUUUCUCUCUUCUACAAUGCCAAUGUGGCAUUCGCUCUGGCCAGCUUGAAAGGGGUUAACAUUCCCAUGUAUAUUGCCAUCAAGAGGCUGACUCCUCUUGCUGUGCUGAUUGCUGGCUUUUUCGCUGGGAAAGGAAGGCCUUCAACGCAGGUGACUCUAUCCGUCCUGCUGACUGCUGGAGGGGUUGUUAUCGCAGCGCUUGGAGAUUUUUCAUUCGAUGUGUUUGGUUACGGCCUGGCAUUUGUUUCUGUUUUCUUCCAGACAAUGUACCUUGUUUUAGUGGAGAAGUCUGGUGCAGAAGAUGGGCUUUCUUCAGUUGAGAUAAUGUUCUACAACAGCUUCUUGUCUCUUCCAUUCUUGAUGUUCCUCAUCAUCGUUACUCGAGAAUUUCCCGACUCUUUGGUGUUGUUAAUCGCAAAGAGUAAUUCCUUGUCAUUUUUGGUGAUACUCAUUCUUUCAUUGGUGAUGGGGAUCAUUCUCAACUACACCAUGUUCCUAUGUACGAUAGUCAACUCAGCUCUGACAACAACUAUAGUAGGCGUUCUCAAAGGUGUUGGAUCCACGACUCUUGGUUUCUUCUUACUUGGCGGGGUGAAAGUGCAUGGUCUGAACGUGACUGGUCUGGUCAUCAACACAGCUGGUGGAGUGUGGUAUUCGUACGCCAAAUAUCGGCAGAGGAAAAACAGGCCACAGAAGCUAACGCCAGAUAUAGAGGCACAUCGAAAGUAAUAGGUAGAGUUUGCCAGUUUUGUCUUGCAUUAUUACCACAGUAGAUGAUUCAAAUUGCUGUUUUCCAGUUGCUUUGAUGCACAUUGUAUAGUUGCUUUUUAACUAUGAGAAAUUGUAUGAGCGAAAUGGCAUAUAAGAGUACCCUUCCUUUACUGUUCUCCAUUUUCUGAUGAGCACAAGCUCUGGUGCAAAGGUGGCUUGACAUGAGGUACUGCAAAUUAAGCGAAUGAACGAAGGAUGCGUUCUCGGUAUUUGAAGAAGAAGAAGACAAGCUCAUUGUAAGGAGUCAGAUUGAUGCUUCGUAGACUGGUAUGUCUUUCGUUUGAAUGUUGAAGCUGCAGCUCUGUGAGCCGAAGCAAGACACUGUAGAGUAGCCGAUUCUACAAAAACCUAAAGGGGCAAAAUGACCAUUCCCUUGCAUCACAUACAAGCAAACAAUCACAUACUGUUGUCAAGUAUAAGCGCAUGAAACUGAACUUAAGUCAGAGUUUUGUUUUCUUUUGAGUUCAUUCAAUGGAUUACAACAAAGUUUGAAACUCAGGGGAAAACGAUCCUCGAUUAAUCUACACUCCAACGAUCAAGCCGGUACCGAGUAAUAUACACAAGUAGUUAGAUCAGGCCAGUUGGUGGGAAGAGGUCGACCUGGUUGUUUUCAAGCCUUGAGAGCCAUGAUAACAAAGAUCAGUGGGUCUGGUGAGUGAUAACAUACUCUUAUGGAUUACAUUCCAAUCUUGCAUCAUCAGAAGAAUUCAAUCAUCUGAUGAUUCUCAGCAUUUGUUAAUUCCUUUGCCUUUUCAGUAUUUUAAGUCAGUGGGGUUUGAAGGAAACAUUAUAUUAGUGUUUCAAGUUGCACACCGUACUUUAAAUUAAACCAGAAUUUGGUAUUAAAGUAAUCAUUCUUCAUUC